AUGCCACGUCGUCCACGCGCGCGCGGUCGCAUCGCGCGCGGCGUCGCAUCGCGCGCGCGACGCGCGAGACCGCCCGCGUCCUCUCGCGCGAAAUCCGCCACGGCCUUCGCUGACGCUUUUUCCCGAUACGCCUCGUUUCCCGACCGCGCGCAGGCGCAGCUCCGCUCGAAGUCCACCGCGGCGCUCCGCGCGACGAAGCCCGUCGUUGUCGCGAAGGCUGCCUUCCGCGUCAACGCCGCCGCGUCCGACGACACGCUCACGAAGGUGCGCACGAUCAUCUCCGAGCAGCUCGGCACCGAUCUCGACGCGGUCGCCGCGGACGCGAAAUUCGUCGACCUCGGCGCGGAUUCUCUCGACACCGUGGAGAUCAUGAUGGCGCUCGAGGAGCAGUUCGAGAUCACGCUCGACGAGGAGGGUGCCGAGAAGAUCGCGACGGUGCAGGAGGCCGCGGACAUGAUCCAGGAUCAGAUGAAGUAA